AUUGUGUUGCAAGUGCCGUAAAACUCUUACCUAAACUAAAACUGCCUGUCUGUCUGUCUGUCCGUCCAGGUGUACGAAGACUACGAGAUCAUCCCAAAGAUUGACUACUGCACGAGUCAGCACAUGGAGAUCUGGCUCGGAGCCCUGUACGCCUACAAGGGACUUUUGCUGGCGUUUGGCUGCUUCCUGGCCUGGGAGACGCGUCACGUGAGCAUCCCGGCCCUAAACGACUCCAAGUACAUCGGCAUGUCCGUCUACAACGUAGUCAUCAUGUGUGUCUGUGGCGCCGCCGUCUCUUUCAUCAUCCAGCACCAGCCCACGCAGAGCUUCAUCAUCAUCGGACUCUUCAUCAUCUUCUGCACCACCAUCACCCUGUGCCUUGUCUUCCUGCCAAAGAAAGUGAUGGAGGUGGAUAACCUUCUGGAGCAGCUGGGGGAGGAUGUGGUGAGGGACGAGGCGGCCCUCAAGUCGGCGCUCAUGCACAGGAAGAUCAUGGAGCUCCGCCAUACGGACGGCUCACCCAGCAAGCUCUCCGUCAAAUUGAGCGCCAGAAAGAGCUCUCUCACCAUCCCGCCCCCUGCAGAGGAGGAAGUAGCCGGCGAAGACGACCCGUUUGGGGGAGUGUACCUGGGACCAGACGACAGUCCCGAGAAAGAAACUCCACCCAGAAACCACUGGCAGCAACCACCAGCUAUAUCUGGGGAGAGGCAGCCACUUGUGCCCAAUGCUACCUUUUGGUCGGCUCCCCGCAACAAAUCUGGGACUACCUCUGUGGACUCGCUGCUCGACCACUCGGGAGCGGUCCAAGGUUUGAUGACGUCAUUUGGUAGCGUGGAUACUAACCCCGGGAAUCUUGUAUGUAGCGCGCAUGUUUGUUCCUUGUUGCAUGUCUGACGGUUUCUUUUUUUAUUUUUUUUAAUUUUUUUUAGGGUGAUUUCUCUUCUUUCUUUUUAAAAUAAAUUAUGACAGCCAAUAACUUGUCUGUAAGAAUUAAUGGUACUACAAAUUCAGCUCUUUCUAUACUCUAUACUGAAUUGUUCUCUUAUAAGUUUUCAUAAACGGUGACGUAAUUUGUUAUUUCCAAUUAAUAUAAUAUAAUGGGUGCUUGUUAAUGUGAUCUAGAAAUUGUGCAACCAAAGAGUUGGGGCGUACUGAAGAGGAAGAAAGAAGCAUGGGGAUGAUAUAGAUAAGAAAAGGGGGUGACGUUUGAGUGGGUAUGUAUAAUUAGAGAACAAGGAGGGGUAGGAGGAGGG